AAUGUACCUUGAUAGGCGGAAGACACAGAUCUUGCGUCACAAUGGCUUGACCUGCUGCCACAUUCGUGUGUUAUGGCUUCUGAAGAGGCUAGCAAUUCAAUCGUGGGCUUAUUAUUUACUUAAUCACUUAUUUUGAUAUAGAGAAAGCCAUCUGCCAGACGCUCAAAGCCUGAUAUGGCAGCUUUGGUAGAUCAGCAGAGGUUUUUCGAUGAUCCGUGGUCAAGAAACAGUUUAUACCAGUUGGAUUCACUUAUACCAGUAGUGGCUCUUCAUGAUCUUGGAAAAAACGGGGUAAAUAUAAGGCAUUUCAGUUCUCCAGCCUCUUCUCAUUCAGAAAAACGUUUCCACAAGCAUCCUCCAUUAUCCUGCUCUUCAUCUGGUGAUUCAGAUAUUGGAGAAAGCAAUACAAACUCUGUUAUUGAAGUUGACGAAGGUGAUGGUGAUGAUGAUCUGCCGUUAUCUGCAUUCCUUCCAUUGAAAUCAGUUAAUCUGCCCAAUACAAUGAUCAAUAACAACAGUGAUAAUAGUAUUAAUAGUAAUAGUAGUAGCAGUAGUGAUAAUAGUUUAAAUACUAGUAAUUGUAGUAAUGGCAGUAAUAAUAAUUAUGAUAAUAAUACUACUACUACUACUACUAAUAAUAAUAAUAAUAACAAUAAUGAUAGUUGUAUUAUUAUUAACAAUGACAUUAAUACUAGUGAUAAUAUCAAUAAUCAUAAAAUUGUUCAUUCAUCCUGUCAGUGUACAAAACCUGCAGUUGUAGAUGAUCCACGAUGGGAUGGUGAAUAUUGUUCCCCGGAAUGUCUUAUUCGUGUUUGUCAUGAAGCAUUUCAAUCAUGGCUAGAAAAUCAACACAGUUGAUAACAGGAAGCAGAUUCAUUCAGUGUGAAGUGAAAAACAAAGAAAAGGAAGAGGAAGAAUAGAAAACGAAACAAGAAAUAGCUUGGAAGCGAUCAAGAUCUUCAGUAAAGAAUAAGACCAUCAUCACCACCACCAACACACAAAAACAAAAACAGGUCUUGUGCACACCCUUCAGUCCUAUUCUUUUGAUCUCUGUAUAUUAUUAUUAUUAUUAUUAUUAUUACUAUAAGUAUUGUUUGAAGUUGUUUUCAAUAUAUGUACAUUCGUUCGCCUUUCCUUUCCAGUGAUAAUACCUUGUAAUCAGCAUUGCUGAAAAUCAACCUGUGUUAAUAUGAAAUCAGUUAUGGCUAUUAAUAUAUAUAUGUAUGUGUGCCAGAGAAGAGAUAUGUGUAUAAUUUAAUUACUUGUACAAAUUCCCGUGUGAUUUAAUCCUUAGAAAAAAGAGGAAGAAGCUGUUUUCUUCUUCGUCUUCUUCUCCGAUGUCUUUUUCGCCUUCGUACCUUCCUUCUUCCUUCUGUGUAAAUUUUGCCAACCAUGGAAGUCUUUUUGUCUUAAAUUCACAGCAACACAACAUAUAUAUGAAUGGAAGAUUGUAUGACAUUCUUUAUGUUGGGGAUGAUUUUAUAUAUAUAUAUAUAUAUAUAUA